AUGGCAGGUGGAAGUGGCGGCGGGCAGCUGUCGGUGCCGCCGGGUUUCCGGUUCCACCCGACGGAAGAGGAGCUUCUGUACUACUACCUGAGGAAGAAGGUUUCUUAUGAGGCCAUAGACCUCGACGUCAUCAGGGAAGUCGACCUCAACAAGCUUGAGCCUUGGGACCUCAAAGAGAAGUGCAGAAUCGGGACAGGUCCGCAGAAUGAGUGGUAUUUCUUCAGCCACAAGGACAAGAAGUACCCAACAGGGACUCGAACGAAUAGGGCAACCGCAGCUGGAUUCUGGAAGGCUACGGGGAGGGACAAAGCCAUUCAUUUCACCAGCAAUGAUCAUUCACAGAGGAUUGGGAUGCGCAAAACCCUGGUGUUCUACACUGGAAGGGCACCUCAUGGCCAUAAGACCGAUUGGAUCAUGCAUGAGUAUCGCCUCGACGACGACCAACAUCAUCACAACUCUCAGUUUCAGGAAGAAGGGUGGGUAGUGUGUCGAGUAUUCAAGAAGAAGAACCAAGCUAGAGGUUUCGCACCACAAAUGGGCGGCGGCGCCGACGACGAUCACCACCACCACCACCACCACCUUCAACCCGCCACCACGUCCACUGCAUGCAACUCCGUCGGAGCAGCACCGGUUUACGACGAGUUCGAGGCCGGUUCCAUGCAUCUCCCGCAACUCUUCAGUGCCGAAUCCGCACACUUCGUCAACUCCUACAACAACAACCUGAUCAAUAAUAUGAACAAUGAUUGCUCCCCGCUGAUGCAGCCACAGAGCUUCUUGAGGCUGCAGACGCCGAGCGGAAGUACCGGUGGUGGCAAUUAUGGGAGUAGUAGUAGUAAUGUUGCGGCGGCGGGUGCUGAUUGGUCUUUUCUGGACAAGUUGCUUUCGUCUCAUCCUCAUCAGCAUGACCAGAGAUCAUCGGUGGCAGUGGGCGGAGGUGGAAGUGGUGGCGGCAAUUCGUCGGCGGUGACGGCGGCGCAGAAAUUCCCUUUCCCACUUUCUGGAUGCGAUCCUGCUGCUGCUGGGAUGUUCAAGUUUCCCCAGUGA